ACCGUCAGAGUUGGACGACAGUAAGUCAGUGAUCCAUCUGCUGUGAGAGUGGCUGGACGCACAAAAAACAAGCUCACGUUGACACGUGAAAUCUGUUGACUAGGACGCUCGUGAAUCUCUUUCAGAAAUGUACCGACUGAUCUUGGUGGGACUUGCAGUGCUACUCUGUUCUUCACCCUUGACAAAUGGUGGGAAAGUCUUGGUGUUUCCCUUUGAUGGAAGCCACUGGCUUAACAUGAAAGUCCUCGUUGAGGAGCUUCACUCCAGAGGCCAUGAAAUCACAGUGAUGCGGCCAUCAGACAGCUGGUACAUCAAGCCAGAGUCCCAUUACUACAAGUCCAUCACUAUAAAUUCCUCUGCUGGUUUUGCUGAAGAACGCUUUGGGUCAUUUGCAAUCACAUUGAUGAACAUGCAGCGGGAAGGUGCUUCACUUUGGACUCGUUUAUCGCUAGAGUUUGAAGUAUUGAUACAGUUCUACCAGUUGCAUGAGCAGGUGAUUAAGAUGAUGCAGGAGAUAUUUGAGAAUAAAAAACUGAUGCAGAGCCUGCAUGAUGCCAAAUAUGACUUGGUUCUGACAGACCCCGUGAUUGGUGCAGGGGUCCUUCUGGGUCACCGUUUGGGUCUUCCACUUGUCUUAAAUGUGAGGUGGACUGUUCAUGGUGAGGGACAUCAUACAAUUGCUCCUUCUCCACUGGCAUAUGUCCCAAUUGCCAUGUCUCAGCUGACUGACAAGAUGACGUUUGUCCAGCGGGUCAAAAACGUACUUUGCUAUGUCUUCACACUGUUUCAAAUUUGGUAUGUCACAGACCCGAAUUACAAACCGUUUGUACAUCAUUACUUUGGAAACAAUGUACAUUACAUAGAGCUGUUUCAGGCGGCAGACAUCUGGCUGAUGAGGAAUGAUUUUACUUUUGAGUUUCCACGUCCCACAAUGCCAAACAUCAUCUACAUGUCAGGAUUUCAGUGCAAACCCUCCAAGCCACUGUCUAAAGAACUAGAGGACUUUGUCCAGAGCUCUGGUGAACAUGGGGUCAUCAUUAUGACAUUGGGAACCCUGGUAGCAAAACUUCCGGAGGACAUCACAGAGGACAUUGCAGCUGCUUUCGCCCAACUUCCUCAAAAGGUGAUCUGGAGGCACAAAGGCAAAAGACCAUCCACCCUCGGCAACAACACCUUACUCUUGGACUGGCUGCCUCAAAAUGACCUCCUGGGCCACCCCAAGACCAGAGUGUUUGUGGCCCACGGAGGCACCAAUGGAAUACAGGAGGCCAUCUACCACGGUGUCCCCCUGGUCGGCCUUCCCCUCAUGUUCGACCAGCAUGAAAACUUCUUCAGGAUGAAAGCAAGAGGUGUGGCCAAAAACCUGGACAUUGCAACUUUAAACAAAGAUAACUUCCUGGAGGCACUGAAGGAGGUACUCUAUGACCCAAGCUACAGAGAGAAGAUGAAAGCGCUGUCCAACCUGCAGAGAGACCAGCCCAUGAAACCACUGGACCGGGCCAUGUUCUGGAUUGAGUUUGUCAUGAGGCACAAAGGAGCAGCACAUCUAAGGACGGAGUCUUACAAGAUGUCAACGAUCCAGUUCUACUCAAUUGACGUGGUGGUGUUUCUCCUGGCAGGUAUUUUGCUAGUAUUUACUGUUUUUGUUUCUGCAGUAAAGUUUUAUUUGGGAAAAGUGUUUUCUAAAAACAAAGUCAAAAAAGAAUGAUCAAUGCGCAGCGGGAUACUGGAGUCACAUUCUCUGGAUCCUGAUUUAUUGUAAAAUAAUAACAAAAGAAUAACACUAAAAUUAAACAGUAAACUGUUGUUAGUAUACUGAGCAGGUUACAAGAUUCCUACACUAGUAAAUUGUAAAGAGGUCAUGUUUCUGUUCUGUUCGUAGGGGUAUGUAUUUAUUCUCAAACUACUGCAGUUAUUUGAAUGCAAUGAAAUAAGAUCUCUAUCACUAGGGCUGGGCCAUUAUUCAAUAUUACAUAUGACUUUAGUAAUAAUAUGAUGUUGUCAUGUAAUUGUUUUGCAGAGGCUGCAAUUACACCCUGGUCACGUGACACGCAAUAGUAAAACAGUCUGCAGAGGAAAUUUCUGCAAACCGUCACGUAUUGUGCAAAACGUGCCUUGCUAAUGUUGCUACCUCACGGGGUAACGCCACUAACCUGUAUCACCACUUAAAAAACACACAGCCAUGUACGAUAGUUGCAUGGCUAAAAAGACUAACACCAGAGUGCCAAGUACUGUCAAAUAAGCAAAAUACCACCCGACAGGGAUCACUGACCGCAUAACUCCAUAUGAACACACUUCAGUAACGGAACGUUGAAAUUACUCAAGCAGUAAGUUUAUCGCGAAAGAAAGGAUGCUCCUCAGUACUGUGACCAACCCUGGGCUAACGGCUUUGAUAAAUACACUGGAUAAGCGGUACAACAUGCCCUCUGCACAUAUUUUAGCCAGGUCGCCAUACCGAAGCUAACGUUACACAAAAAAUUUAAACAUAGAGUCGCAGCGGAGCUGAAAAAAUGAGUAUUUUCCGCUGCUACAACUGACGUGGUCAAGCCGUAAGAUCACUGCGGCUGGCACUGCCAUAAUCGUUGUGUACAUAUACAUAUUUAAAGACUGUCCAGUAAAGUUCACAGACAGUGUUUAAAAAGUGCUUUUCUGCAAUCUGCACUUUAGUAAGUGUGAUUUCUUACUGACUUUACUGGACACUUACUGACCAGGCUUAUUUGUCAGUGAUUUAUGUUGUCAUGGUAAUUAUUACAUGUCAUUGUAUUACAAGGCUGGACGUUCAAUAAAUCAGCCACUGUGAUUAAAGUAGUUUAUAAAUAAAUAAUGUCAAUCAUAUAAACUCAUGCAUCACCUAAUUUAAUCAAUAUAAUAACAGUAAAGGACAAUUUGUUUAAUCCAUCUAAUAUUGUGUUAGUAAUACAAUCAUUUUUUUGUCUUUGUUAAAUAAUACAGCAGAUAAUGAGCUUAAAAAAUUAUCGCAUUUUAAAUCGCAAUCACAAUAUAGGUGAAAAAAAUCACAAUUAGAUUAUUUUCCAAAAUUGUUCAGGCCAAAUUUCACGGUAUUGCGGUAUUGCAAUUACAGCUUCAAAAUGUAUAAUUUGAACACAAUGUUGUUUUUUAUUUUUAAACACACUGCACACUGGCAGGGAGAAGGAUUACUAAACUGCAGUUUCUCUCCUUGACCACUCAUUAUAAACAGCUCAUACCUAUAGGAACGGUGUGGCAGAAAAUGUUAGUGGUUUUGAAACCUUUACUUUUUCAAUGCCUUGAAAACAGUAACUGGCCCAUGGCUAGAACAGUCUUCCUGCUUAAAUUAAUCUUGCAACCUUACUGAUUUAUUUUAGAUUGCUACUGAAUAACUCAUUUUUCUAAACCUGCUUUGUAGUAAUAACUUGUCUUUUUUGUAUAUUUGAUGUGUUAUGGGAGAGGUAUAUUAUUUUGUAUUUGUAUACAUUUGUAUUUGUAUGUAUUUGUGAAGCACUUUGUAACCCUGUGAGCACAUCAUUGUUCUGAAGAAUUUGUUAUUAUAUUAUUAUAUAUUUUGACAUUUCUGUACUGCUGUAUCUUGUUAAUUAUCACGCGACAAAUAUGCACAACUGUGAUUAUUGAUUAACUAAAAUCAUUGAGUCAGUCAAGCUCUAUUUGACAAAGGUAGAAUCAAAACAUCCAAAACAUUUGGCUAUAAUCCAACCGCCUGUUCAGGUGAUUUGUGUGUUUGUGAGUAAGAAAGAUAUCUUAAAAAAUCUUUAGAUAAUUGACAAUAGAGUUUUAUGAAAAGUUACACCUUGAGUUAAGUUAUUAGUUUUA